GAAGAACCAAAGUGAGAGGAGAGACAAAAUUGGGAGCCAGAGGGAGUGGGAGACAGAGACGAAGAAGGAGUGAGACCAAGAGAGUGAGAUUUUUACUUGGGAUCUCUGCUUGACCUCCGCCAAGAUGUUUAAGAAAAAGGACACUUCUAAGGACACUAAGAAUGGUACACUCAAGCUCUCGGGCAAGAUCAGCAAGACACAGGUCAACGACCUGGCCUUGCUGAUCGCCCAGAUGCAAAAGGAUGCAGACCUGGUGGAGAAAGACGUCCUCCGGGCUGAGGAGCUGCUGGCUGUGGAUUAUGAAAAUGACAAGAAAGAGCUGCCAUACCAGCAUCAGACUGAGAUCUCAGAUAGGCUGGGUGAAGCUGAGGGCCUGCUGGAGAAGCUCUUCAUAGAUGUUGACAAAGCCAAGAAGCUGAAACACCCACAAGCCACAGAGAUAGAGAGCGAUGUCAUCCAUCUCCAUGACCGCUGGCUAAAGGACUGUACCUUCUACAGAGACGUCUAUGAGCAGAUUGACGACGUGUCGCGGAUGCCCUUGAUUGAUUGGGGACCUAUUUUUAAUGAGAAACAAAAACAGGUGAAUGUGGAGCAAUUUGGCCCCACCAUGGCUGAUCUGAAGAAGCAGAUUGCUGCUCACAACAUCUUGCACAAAGAGAUCGACGCAUACAACACACAGCUCUGCAUUGCGUCUGCUGGAAGCAAGGAGAAAUAUGCAGACCUGAAGAAACAGUACAGUAACUUACUGGACAACUCCAAGUGGCGCCGCCACUACCUCAACAGCCUGCAUGAAUACAUGCAGGGCUGCAACAAGGAACUGACCUUCCUGGGAGAAGAACAGGACAAGAUCAAGAAACAAGACUGGAGUGACCGCAUGGUGGACCCACCUGACGUUCGGAGGCAGUAUGAGAAUUUCAAGAACAACAGUUUGCUGUCCCAUGAGAGCGAGGUGAACAAACUCCAGGAUGAAGGAGACAGACUCAUUGAACUGAAGCACCCUGCCAACGACACCAUACAGGCACAAAGAGAUGAAGUACGAAAUGAGUGGCAGAAAUUCCUCAACCUCUGCAUUUGUCAAGAGACGCACCUGAGUAAUGUGGAUGACUUCAAAAAGUACCAAUAUGACAGUGAGCAGCUGUCAGAGUUACUGACCAAACUCAACAGCAGCCUGGAUCCCAAGACUGUCAGCAAGAAGAGCAACACUCAGGCACUGCUGCAGCUCGAGAUGGAGGAGAACGACGUGCGGAAUGGUGAACAGCUGCUGGCUGACCUGAGGAGACGCAGCACCACCAUCGCUCCGCUGAAACUGCGACGGACGACCCCCAGCAGAGCCAUCACAGUGGAGUCCCUGUGCGACUGGGAAACAGACAAGGAUUCUCUGGAAAGAGGGGAGAAGUUCACCUUAAAAUCAAACUCAGACAUUGAGAACUGGAAUGUUGUUGCCACUGAUGGGAAAACUAAAACAUUCCCAGGAGUUUGCUUCCAGGUCCCACCACCCGACUCAGAGGCUAUUGACAAAGUGGAUCUUUUGGGCCGGGAGCUCGCAGACAUCAAGAAGAAAAGAGCAGCUCUAGCUGACUCCCUGAAGAAUUCCAAAUCCCAAAUUCUGCCUCAGCAGUCAGCCCCAGUGUCUUCUGUCCCAGUGGACCCCAAAGUAUCAGCCCUGUCUCAGCAGCUGGACAAGCUGGACAAUGACCUCGCCAAUGCUGAGAAGAGCAUGCUGAGCCGCCUGCGAGCACCACUGAGCCGCAGUGAUCCCACUGGUGAUCUGGCUAAAAGGAUGAAGGAGCAGGAGCAAGCUGUCCAGGAACUGCAGGCUCUGCAGAAGCAGCAACAGGCUGUGCAGGCUGACAUGCAACCCCUGCUGUCUAAAGAUCCCAACGGUACCUCUUCAGGGCUGCCGCUCAAAGUCAGUGCUGCCAACAACAAGUUCGACAAUGUUAGUGCACUUGCUGAUCUCUACAAGAAGAAAGCAAAUGCAUCUCUUAAUCUGGAGAAUCAGAUUAAGAAGGUGGACGGUCUCGUCUCUGGGUUUGAGAAAAAGCUGUGUGAAGAUGGGCCGAUCCCUGACACUCCAAAUGCAAUUCAAGCCCGCGCUGGGGACAUUCAGAACCAGCGCAAGUCUGUGGCAGCUGCACAGGACGACAUGAAGAAGCUGAGUAAAGAUCUGGAGACCACAGAGCAGCUGUGCAGCUCUCUGCAGCAGGGCUACCAGGAGUAUUGCCCUGACAUCCAGGGACAGCAAACAAAAGUCAAGCAGCUACAAGCACGUUAUGCAAACGUUGCCAACCAGCUGAAGGAGAGAGAAAGCAUCUUACAAGAUGCUGCAGGAAAGAAUCAGGAGUUCCAGAGCACAUGUAAAUCCCUGAACUCAUUCCUGGACAACCUGCCAACAAACAAGAUAAACCCUGAUGACAACCUGUCUCAGAUCACUGCUAAGCAGAACUCUCAAAUGAGGGUGAUGGAUGACCUGAAGCGGAAGGAAGCUGACAUGGACACGGUGACGAGUCUCUCUCAAGACCUGCAGAAUCUCCUCAAUGAGCACGAGGCCAACGUUUGCAAAUACAACAGUACCCUUGAGAAUGCUGGCGCCACUGUUGCAGAGAAACCUCCUGUGCCCAGACUGUCUGACGCUGUUCAGAAAGAGGGAAAGGAUCUGGCGAACCGUUAUGCUAAAACAACCGCUGAAAACACCCAACGCCAAAAACAGAUGGUCUUGGCUAAGAAUCUCAUUUCACAAAAUGAAGAUACAGUUCAAGCAGUGACACAGCGGCAAGUGCACCUCGAAAAAAGUACUUCAGAGUUAGACGCUCUGGUAAAAGAGCUAGAUGAGGAGAGGGAGAGGUCAGCUCAUACUGAGACAAACCUGAGAACCUUCAAAGACAGGUUUUUGUCACUGAAGAGUCGCCGUGGAGUGGAGCGUGUCGAGGAGAAAGAAGUACUGCAGUACUACCGCAACCCAAAACUGGAACGUGAUCUGACUGAUCUGCAGCAAAAGCUACAUGAAGAAGCCCUGAGGCGCAGCACCACCCAAACUGAGAUUGAGGUUUUUAACAAGAAAGUCACCACCCUGGAGGAAACCAUAAAGAGCGCUCCACCAAAACUGGUGACUAGAGAGGUGACAGAGUUUGAGAAAGAUCCCCAGUUGGAUAUAGAGGCUACUAAGCUGAGAGAUGAAAUAGCAAUGAUGAGAGAUAAAAUUCGAGAUAAAGAUGGGGAGCAUAUUCAGAUGAAGACAGAAGUCACAAUUCUCCAGCAGAAGAGACCAACCAUCAAAGAGAGGGUGGUUAAGAAGGAAGUGGUUAAAGUGGAACAAAACCCUGAGAUGAUGAAAGCAGUGAGAACAUUUCAGACAGAAAUUUCUGAUGAGAGCAACAAGACCAAGCUCCUCAAUGAUCAGAUCUUCCAGACAAGGAGCCAGAUCAAUGCGCUUGAGAGGCUGAUUCCAAACAUCGAGCCUAAAAUCAUCACUAAAGAAGUCAAAAAGAUUGAACAAGACCCAGACCUUAUCAAUGAAUCUAAGAAGAUUCGAACAAGCAUAGAGGAAGAGAAGAUUGAAAACAACUCUUUGUCCAGGGAAGUGAUGGAGCUCCAAAGCCGCUACCGAGAAGUUCAAGACUGGAAACCCAAAGUCGAGGUCAAGGAAAUUGUUAAUGAAAUCUACAGAAUAGACCCGAACACAGAGGUAGAAAUAAUGCGGAUCCGCAAAGACAUUCAAGAGUGCAGUAAACAGCGCUCUGACCUUGACAGGGAGAUCACCAAGGUGACAGCUGACCUGAAGAUCCUUCGUUCUGAGAAGCCCAAAGUUGAAAUGAAGGAAGUUCUCCAGGAGGUGAUUAAAGAGGAAAGAAGCCCUGAAAAUGAGAAAGAGAUUCAGAGGCUAAAUGAGCAGGUGAACAGUUUACACAUCAACUACAGCUCCUUCCUGGACCAGCUGAGAAUGCUGCGAAAAGACAGAGAUGAAUGGAAGGCUGAAAAGUCAAAGGUAGAGACCCAACUUGUCACCAGAGAAGUUGUUAAGUAUGAGCCCGAUCCAUUACAGGAGAAAGAGCUUGACCGCUUGAGAAUUAAUCUGCGAGAAGAGACACAGUUGCGGCGCACCAUUGAUGAGAUGGUGUUUGACCUGAAAAAUAAAUACAUCCUGUUGGAGAGACAGAAACCAGAGGAGAAGGUGGUUGUGCAAGAGGUUUUACGUUUGCAGAAAGACCCAAGGCAAGUGGUUGAGCACGAAAGGCUUGGCAGGACCCUGGAUGAAGAAGUAAUGAGCCGACGUCAGCUAGAGCUAGAGCUACAACAGUUAAGAACAAAGCUGGAAGACAAAGAAAGGAUUCUCAGAGAAAGUGAUGAGCGCCAAAAGAGGAUUCAAGCUGAGUCUGAACUCAGAGAGAUUAGACUGCGCAUCACACAGCUGGAAAAUGCCCCACCUCCUGUUGAGGAAAGCAUAAUUGUUGAGGAGGUACUGAAGGUGGAGAGAGACCCGACACUGGACAGGCUCACAAACAGUCUGCGGUCAGAAAUGGACAAGGAAACCAACGAUGCUCUGCGCCUGGAGAGAGAAAUCCGUAACAUCGCUCUAAAGAUUGAAAUCUUGCAGAGAGAAAAGUCCAGUGAGAGGACAGUUUACAAAGAGGUUGUCCGUGUUGCGAAAGACCAGGCAGUUGAAGCCGAGAGGAGUCGCCUGAGAGAACAGGUGUCUCAGAGUAAAUUUGCCAGACAAGACCUGGAGGAUGAAAUUAGACGUCUCAAUGAUAAAAUCCACACUCUGAUGACCGGCAAAUCUGCUACUUCAAGAGAGGAGACAACCCUAACUAUGAGCAAAGAUGCUUUACUGAGGGAGAAGGACAAACUCACUCGAGAACUUAGAACACUUGAGGCCACGAGACAUGACAUCAGCCUGUCUUUCCAGCAGCAGAGCCGACUGAUGAGUGAAAGAACGCAGAUGAGCAGACAGAGGAGCGUUAAGAUGGAGUCUGAUGUCAUACGUCUAGAGAAUGACAUCUUGGAUGAAAAAGACAAGAUCCAUCAACGAGACAGCAUCAUCCGAGAGCUUCUACAGAACCUGCAGCGAGAGGAGAAUGCAGAAACAAGAACCAAAGAGACCAAUGUCUCUACAAAGAUCACCAUUUUGGACCCAGUAACUGGCAAAGACAUGUCUCCUUAUGAUGCCUACCUUCAGGGAUUGAUUGAUCGUCAGCAGUACAUUCACCUGCAGGAGCUUGAGUGUGACUGGGAGGAGAUCACUUCACUGGGACCUGAUGGGGAGAUAUCUCUACUGCAGGAUCGCAAGAGUGGAAAGCAGUACUCCAUCAAAGAUGCACUAAAGGAAGGAAGGUUGACAGAGUAUGAUCUACAACAGUACAAAAAAGGAAAAAUUCCCAUCUCAGAGUUUGCCCUGCUGGUUGCAGGUGACAACAAAAAGCAGUCCCAGUUGAAUUCAGUCAUCCCAAAAUCUACCACAUCACUGCAAUCGGCACAACGGACCCUAGACCUAUCUGCUGCCAGAGAAAUCUACCCAGUCGCUGGAAUAAUAGAUACAGAUACUGACACCUGCUAUACAAUACGCAAUGCCACCGUGCGAAAACUGAUUGACCCCAUAACCGCCCAAAGGCUUCUGGAGGCUCAGGCGGCAACAGGAGGGAUCAUUGAUAUCAACAGUAAAGGGAGAUACACAGUUCACAAGGCAGCAAACAGAGCCCUCAUCGAGGAUAGUCAAGUCCAGAGACUGCUCAAUGCACAAAAGGCUUUCACUGGAGUCGAAGACCCUGUGACCAAAGAGUGUUUGUCUGUGGGAGAAGCUAUUCAGAAAGGCUGGAUGCCGAAGGGCACUGGCAUUCGCUACAUGGAGGCCCAGCACCUGACCGGAGGGCUGGUCAAUCCAGUCACUGGUGGCAGAGUUAGCAUCUUGGAUGCCGUUGGGUCCAAAAUGAUCGACAACACAAUAAUGAGGGACCUGCAAACUGAGUCAGCCUACAUCAAGGAUAUUGUAGACCCAGUCACAAAAGAGAAGAUCAACUACAAGCAGGCUCUGAAUCGCUGUAGGACAGACCCAAGUUCAGGCUUCCCAAUGCUGCCUGCCUCCUCCAAAGAGUCUGGUUACAGUCCAGUGUACACGACUAAAUAUGCAAGAUUUUAGAUACGUUUACUUUUUGGAAUUAUCUGUUCUGUGAAUUGUUGUGGUAAAAAGGUACUGUUAGAUAUGGUAAACCUAUAUGAAAUCCAUUUAUUAUUUACAAUGGACAUUUUGACUCAGGAAAAGUCUUCUACUGCAAAGCUUUCUCUCUAGCCAAAGUAAGUGCUGCUGAGUUGCAUUUGUUUACUAAAAAUGCCUGAUUUGGACAGAUUUAUUUAGGUUUAAUUGUAAAAACAAUAUAAAUGAAGUUUAUCAUUGAUACUAAUGUGUUAUUAGGGAUACUGGGGCAUGGUGCAAUGCUAUUUGCCAAGAUUGAUUGAUUAUGAGUUAUUCAUGGGUUUUCUUUGAAACUGUCCACUUGAAUUCUAUCUUGUUUGAUACUUUUGAAGAGACAUAUCAAUAAAUUUAAAUUAUAAUGGU